AUGUUAAUUUAAUAAAUGAAUUUUCAGGCCAUCGGUGACGUGGAAAUUACUAUAUAUUAUAGUACUCUCAGUCCGCAAGUCGCAGAAUUCUUCAACGUACAAGUUCGAAAACUCUACAACAAUUUGGCACCGUACUUCAGUCUCGAAUUGGUACCGAAUGGAAUGUGCGAUCUGAAAAUAAGCUUGUAUCCACCAAGUUUCGGUUUGGAAUGUCCACGUGGCAAGAAAGAACUACGUGUCAGUGAAGUCCACUCUUGUGCAGUAAAUCUAUAUUCGGAAAAGGUUAGUCUUGAAUUUGUUCUGUGCUCGAUGGGAUCGGAUCCGUCCAAUGACGAAGAUUUCAAAAAGUGUGCUGAGAGUGUUGGAAUGUCCUGGAAAGAGCUGAAAACUUGCUUCGAAGACGUAUAUGGAAUUUUAUAUCAAGGUGUGAGUUAUUUAAAAACUAAGGGUAACAACCCCUUCAUAACGAGUGAUCCUACUGUUUUCUUCAAUGGAUACUUCAAUAGAACAUUACAAUAUGAUGCCAUCACUAAUUUACAAGGAUUAGUGUGUGAAUUUUUGAAUAACGAACCAGACGCUUGCAAAGAAUGAUUUCAUGCUGUUUGACUUUCCUGAUGAAUCAUCAUCUUUUAAAGAGGAAUUAAAUGUCGAUGUUGAAAUUUA